ACCUUAUUCCCCGUCCGCCAGUAGAGGGCGCGCUCCUUCUCCAUGUGCCCGCGCCCGUCGCGGUCUGCGUCAGGGCGGCUCUGAGGACGCGCGCGCCGCCGGAGUUUAGCGCAGCCAUGGCGGAGGGGGGAGGCGGAGGAGAACCGGUACCGGCACCGCCGAACCGAGCAGCCCGCAUACCGGCACCGGAGUCCGCCGGCCGCCCGGAGCCCGAGGAGCAGAAGAGUGAGAUGGGGGAGCUGCUGAAGGCGCCGCUGAAGAAGGGAGACGAGUGGUACCUCGUUGACAGCCGAUGGUUCAAGCAGUGGAAGAAAUACGUUGGCUUUGACUCCUGGGACUUGUACAAUGUGGGAGAGAGCAGCUUCUUUCCGGGGGCCGUGGAUAAUUCUGGCUUGUUUACAGAUCCCGAUACUCAAGUAUUAAAGGAACAUCUGAUUGAUGAGCUGGAUUAUGUCCUUGUGCCGACUGAAGCGUGGAAUAAGCUGAUGUGCUGGUACGGGAGUGUGGAGGGCCAGGAGCCCAUCGUGAGAAAGGUGGUGGAGCACGGCAUGUUUGUGAAGCAUUGCAAAGUGGAGGUUUACCUCAUUGAGCUGAAACUGUGUGAGAACAGCGAUUCAGACAAUGUGGUGUCACGUCACUUCAGCAAGGCGGACAGUAUAGAUACCAUAGAGAAGGAGAUGAGGAACAUCUUCAGUAUUCCUGCGGAUAAGGAAACCCGUCUGUGGAACAGAUACAUGACUAACACAUAUGAGCAGCUCACUAAGCCAGACAACACCGUGCAGGAUGCUGGAUUAUACCAAGGGCAGAUGUUGGUCAUAGAACAGAGGAACCCGGAUGGUACGUGGCCCAGGCAGUCUCAGACAAAGUCAAGUACGGCAACAAGUAGAACGUAUACUACCUCUGGGAAAUCCUCGGCAAGCAGCUACUCCUCCUCAUCACCUUCCUCCUCAUCCACCUCAUCCUCCACCAUCACUAACGGAGACACUAGUAGCAGCUACGGCCUGAACAGCCCCAGCUUGGGCAAAGGGGGAUAUGGGUCAUCCUAUAAUUCCUACAGCUACAGGGAGCCAUCCAGUAAACCGGGGCUCUGCGGCCUGAGUAAUCUCGGGAACACGUGCUUCAUGAACUCUGCUCUGCAGUGCCUGAGUAACACUCCGCCCCUGACCGAGUACUUCCUUACCGAUGCGUAUAAGGAUGAGAUCAACCGGGACAAUCCCCUUGGGAUGAAAGGAGAGAUCGCUACAGCAUAUGCGGACCUGAUCCAUCAGAUCUGGUCAGGAGAGCAUUCGUACGUGGCGCCACGCAUGUUCAAAACACAAGUCGGACGCUUCGCCCCGCAGUUCUCUGGCUAUCAGCAGCAGGACUCCCAGGAGCUCUUGGCCUUUCUGCUAGACGGGCUUCACGAGGACCUCAACAGGGUGAAGAAGAAGCCGUACCUAGAGCUGAAAGACGCUAAUGGCCGGCCAGACCCGAUCGUGGCCAGCGAAGCGUGGGACAAUCACCUGCGACGGAACCACUCUAUCAUUGUAGACAUUUUCCACGGCCUUUUUAAAUCUACACUUGUGUGCCCAGAGUGCGCUAAAGUCUCUGUGACCUUUGACCCCUUUUGUUAUCUCACCUUACCGCUCCCCAUGAAGAAGGACCGCGCUAUGGAGGUGUUCCUGGUCCGCUCGGACCCACAGUGCAAGCCCAACCAGUAUCGGCUGAUUGUACCUAAGAUGGGGACAGUCUCGGACUUGUGUUCCGCCUUAUCUAAGCUAUCUGGCGUGCCAGCGGAGAACAUGGUGGUGACCGACGUGUACAACCAUCGUUUCCACAAGAUCUUCCAGAUGGACGAGAUGCUUAGCCACAUCAUGGACAGGGACGAUAUCUUUGUUUAUGAGGUGAAGUCUUCGAAGGGCGACGAUUCGGAGUGGGUUACGAUGCCCAUCUGCUUCCGGGAAAGACGUUUCCGACAGAGCACUUCAACGGGUACCAUCCUGUACGGACAACCGCUGCUGAUCUCCGUACCUAGGCACAACCUGACGGUGGACAUGCUGUAUAACCUUGUCCUGGAGAGAAUCCAGCGUUAUAUAAAGUCUCCAUUGCCAGAAGAAUACACCUGCGGAACUGGCGAGAGCAGUACCUGCAAUGGCUCCAAUGGUAUAUAUGACGAUGAGGAAAUGGACCACCAGGAGGGCGAUGAGCGAGAAGAAUCCCCCGAGGAGUCUAAUGGGCAGUCUGACGAUAGUGCCGAGUAUGAAAGCUCAGAGGGGGGCUGCAGCCCCUGUAAUAAAAUGCCAAAGAAAGCCCCGGACUGCCACAAGAGGCUGUUCUCCUUCAGCUUGGUGAACCCUUACGCCAUGUCGGAUGUGGGCUCCAUGCCUGCUGAGGGUUCCUUCCUAAAACUCACCUCUUAUUCCACAGUUGCAAUAGACUGGGAUACGGAAACCAAGAAGCUGUAUUACGAUGAUCAGGAGGCAGAGGCCUUUGAUAAGCACGAGUCGAUGCUACAGCCUCAGAAGAAGAAGAUGACGGUAGCACUUAGAGACUGCAUCCAGCUCUUCACAAAGACGGAGGUUCUCGGAGAACACGACCCCUGGUAUUGUCCAAACUGCCGGAAGCAUCAGAGGGCCACCAAGAAGUUUGACCUAUGGUCUCUGCCAAAGGUGCUUGUAGUGCAUUUAAAACGCUUCUCGUACAAUCGCUACUGGAGAGACAAGCUGGACGCUGUGGUAGAGUUUCCCAUUAGAAACCUCAAUAUGUCGGAGUUUGUCUGCGAUCCGACGGCAGAUCCCUACGUCUAUGACCUUGUGGCGGUUUCCAAUCACUAUGGCGGGAUGGGAGGCGGACACUAUACAGCUUAUGCGAAGAACCAGGACACGGAGCAGUGGUAUUACUUUGAUGACAGCAGUGUGUCGCCAGCAUCUGAGGAUCAGAUUGUGACGAAGGCGGCUUACGUGCUCUUCUACCAGCGGCAGGAUAGUGGUAAAGCUCCUGCCCCAUCACCCGCGGCAUCUCUCAGCUGCCCCCCAGCAGAGGAGGAUCUGGGGGAACAAGACAGACAGAAAGACUCAGACUCAAUGGACACUAACUAAUGGCUUGUUCCGGCAGACAGCGAGGCGUCUUUCUUGUCUGCUAUGUACAUACUUCCCGUCAUAUCUCCAACACACACAGCUGAAACUACUGAGGCGUGCUCAUACAGUCCUAUAGAGAACUGUUCAGUAUAAGAGGUAUUGCUAAUAUAUAGUUUGGUGCGCUCUGUGCUCGGCACGGAGUAUCAUUACUCCCUGGCUCUCAGUAUUUUUUCUCCAUCUUUAAUUUGAAGAAAUGAAAUGAACACCAGCAGCCUUUGCAAAGUCUAUUUUUAAUACAAAGUACUGUAGCACUUAGUGUUACCCGGCUGCCUGAGGUUCCUCUUCCGCCCUGGGUGCAGUCUGGCCGGAGCGCUUGUGGAGUCGCGGUGUAAGAGGCCACAAGGAACCAGUAAAUGACGACGCACCCGUUUAGGAACCAGGGUGUCCUUUCUUCCUCUCUCUUGGGUGGGUCUUAUUUAUUGCUCUUUAUUUUACCCAGACAGACUCCAGCACUGUACAAUGUAGAAGCGCCAGGAUGCCGAGUGCAAUGCAGACCUGCAGCCACAAGGGGGCAGUAAUGAAACAUAAAGCAGAAUGUGCUGUGGACAACUUUGGGAGAAAAAAGGGUUAAUUAAAAGUCAUGCUGAAAGUUCA